GUUUCGACUGCGAGUACGGACCAACCCAACGAUGUCGACGCCACUGACAGAGACGGAAACGGCGCAGGUGGCCGAGGCGGCGGCCGCCAAGGCACUGGAGGAUCGGAAGGAGCGCAAGAUCUAUGAUAACUUCGCCACACCCCUGGCGGGCACCUUUCUCAAUCUGCCCCACGAGUCGGUGGCCAUUAAGUGUCCCGCCUGCGGUGUCCAGGAUCAGAGUGUGGUGCAGAACGAUCUCAAGUGGUGGGCCAGCGAGCUCAAUCGCAUAUUCGGCUGUCUCUUCGUGACCUGCUGCUGUUGCUGCUGCUUCAACUACUAUGUGCCCUGCAAGCAGACGGAUCGGAGUCAUUACUGCGGCAACUGUGGCUGCUACUUUGGCCGCAGCAUGAAGCGGCGGGCGCCACUCAAGCUGAAGGCAACCAAAUAGCCC